CCUGUGCCCGGGAAGGGGCGGGUGCGGCCGCGGCCAUGCAGGUCUCCAGCCUCAACGAGGUGAAGAUCUACAGCCUGAGCGCCGGCAGGAGCCUCCCGGAGUGGCUUUCAGACAGGAAGAAAAGAGCUUUACAGAAGAAAGAUGUGGAUAUCCGUAGAAGAAUUGAACUUAUUCAAGACUUUAAAAUGCCCACAGUUAGCACAAAGAUUAAGGUAUCAAGAGAUGGACAGUAUAUUAUGGCAGUUGGAACUUACAAGCCAAGGGUCCGCUGUUUCGAUACCUAUCAGUUAUCCCAGAAAUUUGAAAGAUGCUUAGAUUCUGAAGUGGUUACAUUUGAGAUUUUAUCAGAUGAUUACUCAAAGAUUGUCUUCUUGCAGUGUGGCAGGUUUGUGGAGUUUCAUUCACAACAUGGCCAUUACUACAGGACAAGAAUACCAAAAUUUGGUAGAGAUUUCUCUUAUCACUAUCCAUCUUGUGACCUGUACUUUGUAGGAGCGAGUUCUGAAGUAUACAGGCUAAAUCUGGAACAAGGAAGAUUUCUGAACUCCCUGCAAACUGAAGCUUCAGAGAGUAAUGUCUGUGACAUAAAUCCUGUACACUUUUUGUUUGCUAUGGGGACAGCUGAGGGUAGAGUGGAAUGCUGGGAUCCUAGAACUAGAAAUCGAGUUGGGCUGUUGGACUGUGCUUUAAGCAGUGUGACAGCAGACACAGAGAUAGAUGGUUUGCCAUCCAUUUCAGCACUGGCAUUUGAUGGAGCUUUGAAUAUGGCUGUUGGAACAUCUACUGGACAGGUUUUAUUAUAUGAUCUCCGGUCUAGUAAUCCAUUAAUAGUCAAAGAUCACCACUAUGGCCUGCCUAUUAAAUCAAUUCAGUUUCAGCAUCAGUUGGAUUUAAUUAUCUCUGCAGAUUCUCGAAUCAUAAAAAUGUGGAAUAAAGAUACAGGGAAAAUAUUUACUUCAAUGGAGCCAGAACAUGGUAUCAAUGAUGUCUGCCUGUAUCCAAAUUCAGGAAUGCUAAUGACUGCCAAUGAAGCCCCUAAAAUGAAUAUCUAUUAUAUACCAGUUUUAGGACCUGCCCCAAAAUGGUGCUCCUUCUUGGACAACUUGACUGAAGAACUGGAAGAGAAUCCAGAGAGCACAGUUUAUGACGAUUACAAAUUCGUUACCAGAAAAGACCUUGAAAAUUUAGGCCUUGCUCAUCUAAUUGGAUCAACAUUGCUCAGAGCAUAUAUGCAUGGCUUUUUCAUGGACAUAAGACUUUAUCACAAGGCAAAAAUGAUGGCCAAUCCUUUUGCCUAUGAAGAAUACAGAAGAGAGAAAAUAAGACAGAAGAUAGAAGAAACACGUGCACAGAGAGUUCAACUAAAGAAACUUCCAAAAGUCAAUAAAGAACUUGCACUCAAACUGAUUGAAGAAGAAGGAGAAGAGCAACAGAUGACUAGAAAAAGGAAACAGAAGAAUCUACCCAGCCUUCUCAAAGAUGAUCGUUUUAAGGUCAUGUUUGAGAAUCCAGAUUUCCAGGUGGAUGAGCAGAGUGAAGAAUUUAGACUACUUAAUCCACUCGUUUCUAAAAUAAGUGAGAAAAGAAAGAGGAAGCUGAAGAUCUUAGAGGAACUGGAAGCAAUAGGAGAGGAAGAGGAGGAAGAACCAGAAGGAAAAGCAAGUGAUGUAGAAAGUUCUGAGAGUUCAGAUGAUGAAAAAGGCUGGGUUGAAGAGGUCAGGAAACAGCGCAAGCUUUUACGCCAAGAGGAAAAACUAAAGCGGCGGGAAAGGUCCAAGGAGGAUCAGCAAACAUUACUGAAACCUCAGUUUUUUGAGAUUAAAGAAGGAGAGGAAUUCAGAAGCUUCAAAGACUCUGCCAAAAAACAAAAAUUAAUGAAGAAAACCCUUGAAGAUCGUUUAAAGCUUGAAGAAAAACUUGGCACACUCAAUGUGUCUGAUACCACAGUAGGCAGCAAACAGGCAACAUUCAAAUUAAAGAAGUCAGAGCAGCAAAGGAAACAGCAGGAAGCUGAGAAACGACACCGUCAAGAGAGGAAAACUCUCAGGCGUUCUGCAAAUCAUCUCAAGAGCAAACGUGGACGAGGACGACUGUUUCAUUGAAUUACUUCGUGUUAUUUUUCAAGAAAAUUCUUUGUCUCAUUUUUCAUUUGAGAAAGGGGCUUUUUCAAUUUUAGACAGAGUACCAACGAAUUUGUAUUUUGAUUCAUUGAUGAACACAAAACCAGAACUUUCUAAGCCCUGUGUUAAUUACUGAAGAGUUUAUGAAAGUAAAAGUACUGACCAAAGGACACUAUGAAUAUGGUCCAGUGUGAACAGUAUUUUUGCAGAAAUCACCAGCAACUGGUUAUUGUGUAACCUUGGAUGUUUUCUCUAUAAGAAUUUAUGUAUACAGUGAGGCUGCCUGUCUUUUAUUUAACUUAAGAGCUGAGGAUUUUGGUUUCUGAAAUCUUUAUUUGUGACUGCUUAGAUAGAAGAUCAAGAGUAAAUUAUUUUGUCUAAAAUCUUAUCUUUACAGGGGCUCAAUAAAUUUUUCUGGUUCUUGAAGGAUGACACACAAUUCUGUUUUUCAAAUCUGGCUUUGGCUUUAUGUUACCUUUAGUUUAAAAAUGCCUUUUACACGUGAUAUUUUUAUCUUUAAAAACAUACAUUGCAAUCAUCACUUCUGUCCUUUUUCUCAACUAAAGGAUGAAUCUCUCAAUACCUAUUUUUUUACCUCUAGCUGUCAGAUUUCUGUGUUGUCCGUAACCUUCUCAUGCUUUUUAUUUAGCACAGAACUACCCGGUAUUCCAUUGUCAGUCUCACCCAUGCUGUAAUAGUCUCACCCACUAUUAUUACUUCUCCUUAGGCACUGAGAAAAUGUGAAUGUAGUUGUGUUUGCUUCAGGGUAUUUCCCUCUUUUUGGAGUCUUGUCUCUUGACAUUCAAGCCUUUGAAAUCCAAAUGCAAUGACAAGUUAAAGUUUGUACUAGUGCAACUUCUUUCCCCUGGAGCAUUUUAUUAUCUCUUAGAAAUUAUCUGUGUGCAAUUCAGGUGUACUGAACAUGGAAAGAUUAACAGUGGAAACUUGCCUCCAUUGUGCUUGAUAUUGGGAGAGCUGGGGACUGGGUGGACAGAACUGUCACUGUAAGAGCUGGAAUUUGGCGGAGUUUGCUCCUUCUUGUGGUAGGUCUGAAUCCCACUACGUUUGAUCAAGAGCUAGAGGUGCAUGUAUGGUUUAAGGCAUCCAUAUUUCAGCAGUGAUUUUGUGGGCUAUCAGGAGCAGUAAAAAAAAAAUGUGGUUGGUCUGCAGGGUAGUAGUGAAUCAGUUUGAAAUGGUUAACUUUCAGAUUAAAAAAGUGUAUUUCUUCUGGUUUGAGAUUCUUCUGACUGACAGUGGCUUUGGUCAGCGUUUUGGUUUUCAUGCACUUACAUUGUGCUGGCAGUGAGGAAAGGCUCCUCAGUGUCCAGUGCUGGAACUCUGGAACAUGGUGAGCUGUAGUUGGUGGGCUGUACGAAGCUGCUUGGCACUCGAGCACAAGAGCUUUUUGGUGAAAUGGGAAUAAGGAUUCCUUGCAAGCCUUUCUUUUGAGGCUUUAGGGAGCAGCAAAAGUGGGCAGCUCUUUGGCAAGAGCUCAGGGUGAUAAUGACAAGGGCAGUGACCUCCCUGAUUGGAGGGCAGUCCUGCAGUCACCUGUAGGAUGACAGCAGUGACAUUCAGCCAGCAGAGCAAAUAAGUUUGCAAGGACAAGGCAGAUCCAAGGUAAAGUGAGCGAAUCAGAAUCUGUGAGGUCCAUGGCACAACUGCAGCAUAGCUUGGGUGAGUACUAAGGGCGAUGCAGCUCCCAAGCAAAGUCAGGCAGGCCUUUGGCUAGGCUCUUACACAGCUCUUCUCAUAGCGCUCUGGUCCCCAGAUGUUUGGCCAUACCAUUAUCAGAACUGGCUUUCAUCUGGAGGAGGAUUCAAAGUUUCAGUAGAAGCUGGUAUAUUAAUGCAACAUUAUUGGAAAUGGAUUAACUUUAUUAUGCAACCAAAGCAGGCAUUUCUUAAGUGUUGCCCUGGUUGCAUUAACCCUUUUUCAGUUAAUCUUUUUUCCAUACUUCAUUUUCCAUACUACUGGAAUCAGUAUUUAUCCAGAAUUGCCAUUCCAAGAAGGUGAGCAGCUGCUGUGAUCCUUUGUGACAUUUAAGGUUCAUACUCUUAAGGUAAGAGUGAUCAGAUGCUGUAGCCUCACAGAAAUCCUGAUUGUUUCAUACAUAUGAGAACUUAGUGAUGAGAAUCAGUUUAAAAUUA